AAUGUGUAGGAUGGAAGGAAAGAAGAGUGAAUUGUGAAAAAAAAAAAAACGUGAAACAUCGGAUGUCGUGAUUUUGCUGGCUUUUGUCUGCCUGUCUGAGUUCCUCUUCCACGAUCCCUUCAUUUUCCAACUAAUGUUUACAAAAAAAUUGAAAUUUCCUUUUCUCUCCAACUCUCUGGGGAUCCAAAGAAUCUAAUUUCCAAACAUUUCCUUUCCCUUCAUUUCUCUCAUUUAUCGACGUCUGACUUUCCAUUUCAACUAAACGGACUUAUUGCUGACGUUGUUGACAAGUCUUGGACAUCAUAUGCACAUGGAUGGAUUAUUUAAAGAACGUUGAGUGAAAUAGGAUUUGGGGUUAUCACUAGCAACAAAAUAUAAAAUGGCUCCAGCUAAUAAGGCUGAUAGAAAAGCAGUUGUAGAUGUGGCUGCUUGGAUGUUCAAUGUUGUCACUUCUGUUGGAAUUAUUAUUGUCAAUAAAGCCUUAAUGGCUACUUAUGGUUUCAGUUUCGCCACAACAUUAACUGGUUUGCAUUUUGCUACCACAACCUUGAUGACGGCUGUUCUAAGAUGGUUAGGAUACAUUCAAUCUUCUCAUCUACCCUUGCCAGAGCUUUUGAAAUUUGUUUUGUUUGCAAACUUCUCUAUCGUUGGAAUGAAUGUUAGUUUGAUGUGGAACUCUGUGGGAUUUUAUCAGAUUGCAAAGCUGAGUAUGAUUCCUGUAUCCUGCUUUCUGGAAGUUGUGAUGGACAAGAUUCGGUACUCCAGAGAUACAAAGCUGAGCAUAGCUGUUGUUCUUCUGGGUGUUGGUGUUUGUACUGUCACUGAUGUGAGUGUUAAUACUAAAGGUUUCAUAGCUGCUUUUAUUGCAGUUUGGAGUACUUCUCUACAACAGUAUUAUGUUCAUCACCUUCAACGAAGGUAUAACCUUAGUUCCUUCAACCUAUUGGGACACACUGCUCCUGCGCAGGCUGGAACACUGCUGGUAUUAGGUCCAUUUCUGGAUUAUUGGUUGACAAACAAGAGAGUUGAUUCUUAUAGUUAUAACCUAGUGUCUGUGAUUUUCAUAAUUCUUUCAUGUACUAUAGCAGUAGGAACGAACCUCAGCCAGUUCAUAUGCAUUGGUAGAUUUACUGCCGUGUCCUUCCAAGUACUCGGCCAUAUGAAGACAAUCCUUGUGUUGAUUAUGGGAUUCUUUUUCUUUGGAAAAGAUGGUCUCAAUCUGCAUGUGGUUCUGGGCAUGAUCAUAGCUGUGGCUGGAAUGAUUUGGUAUGGAAAUGCUUCAUCUAAGCCUGGUGGGAAGGAGCGCCGGAGCCUUUCUCUACCUACCAGCAGACAACCAAAGCAUGGUAGUUUGUCAGAUUCUAAUGAACACGACUGAGAAAGCCUAAUUCUCCGUGUAGGAUGUAAGUUAAGCAUACAAGGGUGUAGCUGAUUUCAGAAAAACCAACCAUAAUUUUAAAUUAUUUUUAUCCUGAUUUUUGUAAUUCUUAUUCUUUUUGCAUUGGGUUCACUCUGAGGGAAUGGAUCAUUUUCCAUAGGAUUAGAUUUUUUUGAAAAUUUGCUUUUCUAUUUCAAGAAUAUAAUUUAUAUAUUAAUUUCUUUUCUGUGCAAUUUACUUCAAAACAAUCAUUUUUCUUGAUUCUGAGCAUCAUUUUAAUUGAAGU